AUGUCAGUCAUCGUUUAUGGAGGAAAAGGAGCCCUCGGUUCGGCUGUUUUGGAGCAUUUCAAAGGAAAGGGAUUCUCAGUUUUGAACAUUGACCUUUCUGCCAACGAGCAAGCGGAUUCGAACAUUGUUGUAAACCCGGCAUCUUCAUGGACUGAGCAAGAAGAAUUCAUCCUUAAAGAAGCUUCUAACGCUUUGAAAGAAAAGAAAGUCGAUGGAAUCUUUUGCGUUGCUGGAGGAUGGGCUGGAGGGUCAGCUUCUUCCAAGGAUUUCAUUAAAAAUUGCGAUUUGAUGUGGAAACAAUCGGUUUGGAGCAGCACAAUUGCUGCUCGUUUGGCUUCUGUCCAUCUCAAGGCCGGAGGAGUUCUCCAGCUCACUGGAGCAGCUGCCGCUACCGGAGCCACCCCUGGCAUGAUUGGAUACGGAAUUGCCAAAGCUGCCGUUCAUCAACUUACCCAAACUCUCGCCGCGAAAGACAGUGGCCUUCCCGACGAUUCUACGGUUGUUGCUAUUUUGCCAAUCACUCUUGAUACGCCAAUGAACAGGAAAUGGAUGCCAAAAGCGGACCAUUCAAGUUGGACCCCGUUGACAUAUAUUGCGGAAAACUUCCACAAAUGGACAACUGAUACAUCAAGCCGUCCCAAAUCUGGAAGUCUUCUUAAAAUCACAACAACCGGUGGCGAGUCGAAGAUCGAAGCACAAUAA